UUAGAAGAACCUCCAGUGACCGAUGUCAUUUCAAACGCAAUGGUCUACAGACUCUGUCGGAACUUCAGGAGGCCUCUGAUCUUUUUUAUGAGCGGCUUCUGUCUCCUCCUACUCGUCCAACUGCGCCAGCCCAGCUCCAGUUCCCUUCCCGGCCAGCCACUGGCUCAGAAAUAUUCUCCAAGAGAUCUCCAGGGCUCUGAAUAUUUGGACUACCACGGAGAAGAUGAACAGAAUAUAGAGGAUUUUUUGAAGGCCAACGAGGACCCGUUUUGGAUUAAAAAGGAGGAGUGUGCCCCGUAUCCCCUCUUCGAGAACAUCAACUUCAACCAUCCGCACUUCCAAGAAACAAAAGGCGGGAAUCUGACCUACUACAUAUAUGGAGCGUACUACGAUCGGAGGCAUACGAUACCGGAAAUAGUCGUCCUGGCGAUGAUCAGCACAGUGACAGGACCCUAUCCUACCACCUACUGCCAGAUGUGGUUCGAUGGCGAGUCACAGGCGGAGAUAGCGGAGCUGCACGACACCAAACUGGGAUGGUACGAGACCUGGGGCAACAUGGAGGGUCUGGCCUAUCCCACCCUGCUCACCUUCAAGGUCGCCUCCCGAAGGAUACCCCAGCUGGUGGCCCUCGUAUUCGACGAUCGCUGCAAUGUGGCCCUGAAUGCGGUGAAGGUGGUCCAGCCACCGUCCAGUCAGGACGAGGAAAGGAUGCGAUCGGAUGGCAAACUGAGAACAGGGAUAUGUGUCAAGUAUCUUAAAUUUCCCCAUGAGGAUAUAACCCUGCCACUGGUGGAGUGGAUGGAAAUGAUGAAGAUCCUGGGAGCUAGCCGAGUGACUGCCUAUGACAUCGGAGAGAUGCAUCCGAACACCUCAAGGACCUUGGCGAAGUACACGAACGACGGCUACCUGGACUACAGGCCGUACAAGUUGCUUAACAUUUGGAAGGAGCACGAUCUGCUGUGCUAUCGCCUCAACGAGGUUCUACUGUACAACGACUGUCUGUACCGGAAUAUGUACGAUUUCGACUACAUAGCCGUCAUUGAUGUGGACGAGGUGCCGAUGCCCCUCGGUAAUUUAACCAAUUGGUCCGAUCUGCUCCAGGUAUUGAUUACUCGCGAUGUGGAGUGCUCAUCGCGAAGCAGUUAUUGCUUCCGUAAUGUCUACUAUCCGCGGCAACUGCCGCCGGAUCCCACAAUGCCGAAGGACUUUCCGAUGCUCUCCCAUUUGACACGAGUGGCGGAGCACAAUCAUCCGGCAUUCCACCCGAAAUGUUUACACAACACCGAUUCGGUGGCACUGUUGCACAAUCACUUUCCACUCGCCUGGCAUGAUGCAAGUGCCCCCGAAACAGUGCCCCUGGACCUCGGCCAAUUGCAACAUUAUCGGUAUGUUGAGGACAAGAAGACACUGGAGGAGCCGCCCCCCCAACGAGAUGAUAAUAUCCGUCGAUUCAGGCAUCAGCUCAUUCGUAAUUCGCGGAAAGUUCAUCACCAAUUGGGAUUGUAGGAGGAGGAGGCUACAGGCUAGAGGCUAGAGGCCAAAAAAGGCAUAUUGAUUGUAUUUUAAUUGCUUUUUCGGUACAUUUAAGAGGCUUAAAUUGGCGGCCACGUGCCACACCAGGCGGCUACGUGCCACCUUUUUCGUUUUUGUCGCUGCCACGUCAGCAGGAUAAUAAUUGCUUAUUGACAGGAGGUCACUAGUUUGUGUGAGUAUCUGUAUCUGUAUGUGUGUGUGAUAGAAAAGUUUGCUUUUUCUAUUUAGCUUAGCCGCAUUAAAAGGACACAAGACACAGGACACACACACAGGACACAACAUCCCACCAACACACUUUGUUUACUGACCCGGAAUACUGAAUACCAAAUUCUUACCUUAAUUGAUAAACAAUGUCUAGAUACAAAUUUUUUUCUUUUUUUUUUUUAGGGGCUAGAACUAGAAUACAUUACCAAUUUAAAUGAGAAUUAGUUCUAAGACUAAAGGACUUCCGUCUUGGAAGGAGAUAUUGAUUAAGAAAUAUAUAUAUUAAUGCUUUAUAUUAAUAAUAAAUAUUAUUUGCUUCUGGCCCUGUUUCUUUUUAUUUGAAAGCCAAGAAAAGACAACAACAAGCCUUCAGGCAUUUAUUUAAACCAACUUGCCAGUCAAUAGCCCCAUUUAGACAAAAAAAAAGAAAGUCAAUUGAGAACAAUGUCCUGAAUAAUUGUCUGAAAUCCGGCAAGGAUGUCUCUGACAAAUUGGCAGACAAAUGAAAAGGAACCGCACUAAAGCAAAAUAUUAAUUUAA